AUGAAAAUCGUAGAUAGAAAGUGUUUAUAUUUAAUUACAUGUGGCUUCUUAUUGAUAUUCAUACCUCCUUCAAGUGGUGCAGCAAAAGCAAAUGUUUGCUUGGCACCUCCACAGCCUGACAAUGGAAAUCGGAAAUUACAUAAGGUACAAUGUGAAACAAAAGAAAAUUGCGAUGUGCAGGAAGGUGCAGAAUUACCUGCUGGAUCCUUUUUAGUUUACAAUUGUAAUCUUGGUUACAAAGUAAGUGGCUCGCCUAAUGUAUUUUGUGGUCCAGGUGGAAAUUGGUUCAAUAUUCCACUUUGUAUUGAAAUACGAUGUAAAUCAUUGUUAUCACCGUCAAGAAAUGUCAUGUGUAUGUAUAAUGGUCAACGGAUAUCUUGUGAAUCUUCUGUUUUUCCCGGAACGACAGCAACAAUAGAUUGUCGUAACAGCUAUCGGGAAGAAACGAAAUUCUUAAUCAAACAAAGAAAUCAAGUUACUUGUAAUGAAGAAGGUUUAUGGGAACCAGACCCAAUAGAAUGUGUCCCAGUAUGCGGAGUUAUUGCCCCAAGCCUACAACCGCUCAUUGCACAUGGCAGUACUCCAGCAGUUUCUCAAUUUCCAUGGCAUGCUUCUUUACACAAAUCAGAAGGUUCUAAUGGAUCGAAGAACUUUAUUUGUGGAGCAACGAUUAUAAAAGAAAAUAUCCUUGUUACAGCUGCUCAUUGUAUUUUUAAUGAAAACAACCGAACUGUAUACAACCCGAAAGAAUAUUAUGUAAUAACUGGGAACGUUUUUCGUGACUAUGAUUCUGUAUUUCAUGACUCACCUUACAUCCAAAAGUCUAAGGUUAAAAACUUUUAUGUUAAGUGUAAUUAUUUGGCCAUGACAGGAUAUUAUGCAUCAGACAUAGCACUAGUGGAGAUUGAAAAACCAUUUGAUUUCACAGCAUUUUUAUUACCAGCAUGUUUGGAUCAAACUUUUAUUGAGUCUGGAAACGGGGUAAUAGCAGGAUUCGGUAAAACACAUCAAAAUACCAUAAGUCAGAUUUUACAAUCAAUUAAUCAGCCUUAUGUUACUUUGAAUGAUUGUAUAUCUGCUACUCCCCCUGAAAUAGUGAAGUACAUAACGCAAGACAAAUUUUGUGCUGGCUAUAAAAAUGGAACUGCUAUCUGUGCUGGAGAUAGUGGAGGAGGAUUUGUAAUAAAAACUGGAAAUUUGUGGUUUCUAAGAGGUGUUGCUAGUGUAGGGCUUGAUGCAAUUACAAACCGUUGUGGGUACUCAUAUAAUCUUUAUGUACGAAUUUCGAACCAUAUGGACUGGAUCCAAGAUAUACUUUUCCGAUUAGAAACAUCAAAACCACUUCCUUCAUGUCAUGGUUCAACUGUAAUAAGUACGACUUCUACUACACCUGCACCAUUUAUACCACCUUCAACAAGUACUACCACGACAUCUUCCCCAUUGAUCCCAAAACCCAUUGUUUGUAUAACACCUCCCCAGCCAGUGAAUGGUAAUCGUCAAUUACACAAGUCGCAAUGCCAGAUACAAGAAAACUGUGAUGUGAAGGAAGGUGUAACAUUACCCGGUGGAUCUUAUUUAAUUUACACCUGUAAUCCCGGAUACGAAAUUAAAAAUGGUACCCAUGAUGUAUUAUGUGGUCCAGAAGGAAAAUGGUUAAAUAUUCCUGUUUGCACUAAAAUAACUUGUGAGUCACUGAAUUCCGCAUCAACAUUUGCUGAUUGUACGUAUAACAAUGAAUGGACAUCUUGCGAAUCUGAAAUUUUACCUGGAACAAUAGCUAAAUUAAGUUGCAGAAACGGUUAUAAAAAACAAUCGACAUUCCUAUCGACACAAAGGGAUCAAGUUAUAUGUAACGAAAAAGGUCAAUGGAAACCUGAUCCAAUACAAUGUAUUCCAGUAUGUGGAUAUGUGCGAACUCUAAACGUUAGACCUUUCAUUGUAAAAGGCAAGAAAGCUGAGUUUUUUCCCUGGCAUGCUACUUUGUAUGAAACGAAACAUCCUAAUGGACCAAAGAAAUUCAUUUGUGGAGCAACAAUUAUAAAAGAGAAUUUCCUUGUUACAUCUGCUCACUGUGUUUUCGAUGAAACAGUUAAUAGAGUAAAUAAUCCUGAAAGAUAUUAUAUAGCAACUGGAAAUACAAUUCGUGACUAUGAUUAUGAGAACCAUGAUCUUCGUUUUGUUAAAAAAGCUAGGGUAAAAAAAAUUUAUGUCCAUUGUAAUUAUUUGGGCUCAAUAGGGAAUUAUGCUUGGGACAUAGCUCUCUUGGAGAUCGAAGUACCUUUUGUAUUUACACCUUGGUUAUUACCAGCAUGUUUGGAUGAUACUUUUAUUGAAUCCGGACUUGGGAUAGUUGUGGGAUUUGGCAAUACUGAAUCUGGGUCACCAAGUAUUCAUCUCCAAUUCACAGCACUGCCCUAUGUUCCUCCUAAUCAAUGCAAAAUUGUAAAUGAUUCUAUUAUAUAUGAGCAGUUCAUAACUUAUGACAAACUAUGUGCGGGUUAUACUAAUGGAACAUCUGUUUGUGAUGGUGAUAGUGGAGGAGGAUUGGUAUUUCAAACUGGAAAUUUAUGGUUUUUAAGAGGCAUUGUUAGUACAGGAAUUAGUGCCACGACAAUAGCAGCUACAACAACUUGUAAUAGUAAUUCGUAUUCUCUUUAUACACGUAUUUCCAGUCAUUUUAACUGGAUCCAAAAUAUUAUUUAUAAAUUAGAAUCAGGUGAAUUUUUGUGUAUAAAAUAACAAUCUCUUAAAUAAUAACUCAUUAUUAUUUAAUAAUGAAAACGAUAUUUUCUUACCAAAAAAAUAUUUUAAUUGCUUAUCACAGAAAAACUAGAAAUCUUAUUUUUGAAUCAAUUUAAAGAGAUAUAUUAUAAUAUUUACUAUAAGAAAUUAUUGUAUUUAAUAGUGUGACAUACAGUUGAUCUCA